AUGAGAUCUCUACAAUCAAGUAGUUGUCUUCGUUAUAAAGAAGAAGAACCAAAAUUCCGUAAUGAUAAAAAGUUAGGAAUGUUCUUUAAUAGUCAAAGUGAAAAUAAACAAACCAAUGAUAAUAAAAAUAAUAAUAAAGAUAAGAAAAAUAAAGGUAAGAAUGAAAAUGACGAUAAAGUUUUUACUUUUGAUUUUAAGAUUGGUCCACCAAUAAAAUAUUUUCAAAUAGGUGUAUUGAUUGGGUCAGCAGCAUAUAUUUUCUAUAGUUUGGGACAAGAUGAUAUUGAUGAAUUAACAUUUCAACAAUUUACUUCGGAAUAUUUAAGUAAAAAUUUGGUAGAUCGAUUAAUCGUUGUUAAUGGACGUACUGCUAUUAUAGAACUUAAUCAAAGUGGUAAAGCUCAAUUUCCACAUUCUCAUAAUCAAAAAUUAUCAUUUAAUAUUGGAUCAUUAGAAGCUUUUGAAAGAAGUUUAAAGGAAGCUCAAGAUGAAUUUGAAAUUGCCGAUGCAGUAAGAAUUCCUGUUAUUUAUACUAAUGAAGGUAGUACUGGUAAAAUGCUUAUAAAUUUUAUUCCAACUGUACUUUUCCUUGGAGCAAUUUAUUAUAUGACUAGAAAAGCCAGUAGUAUGGGAGGAAUGGGAGGUCCAUUAGGUUUUGGUAAAUCAACAGCUAAAAAAUUUAAUCAAGAAACUGAUGUUAAAAUUAAAUUUAAAGAUGUAGCUGGUAUGGAUGAAGCUAAAGAAGAGGUUAUGGAAUUUGUAAAAUUUUUACAAAAUCCUGAAAAAUAUGAAAAACUUGGAGCAAAGAUUCCAAGAGGAGCAAUCCUUUCUGGACCUCCAGGUACUGGUAAAACAUUAAUUGCUAAGGCAACUGCUGGUGAAGCUGGAGUUCCAUUUUAUUCAGUAUCUGGUUCAGAAUUCGUUGAAAUGUUUGUCGGUGUUGGGGCAUCUAGAGUUCGUGAUUUAUUUAAAACUGCUAGAGAAAAUGCACCAUCUAUUGUAUUUGUUGAUGAAAUCGAUGCUAUUGGUAAACAACGUUCUAAAGGAAAUGCUAGUGGAGCUAAUGAUGAACGUGAAACUACUUUAAAUCAAUUAUUAGUUGAAAUGGAUGGAUUUGAUACUUCUGAUCAUGUUGUUGUAUUGGCCGGUACUAAUAGAGCUGAUAUUUUAGAUCGAGCUUUAUUAAGACCUGGUAGAUUUGAUAGACAUAUUUCUAUUGAUAAUCCUGCAUUAGAAGGUCGUAAAGAUAUUUUUAAAGUUCAUUUAAAAAAGAUUAAGUUAGCUGAAGAUAUAGAUAAAGAUUUACCAGGAAGAUUGGCAGCUUUAACUCCUGGAUUUUCUGGAGCUGAUAUUGCUAAUGUUUGUAAUGAAGCAGCAUUAAUUGGUGCAAGAUUUAAUGCACCCGCUGUUACAUUAAGACAUUUUGAAUUAGCAAUUGAAAGAGUUAUUGGAGGAAUUGAAAAGAAAUCCAAACUUUUAAAUCCAGAAGAACAAAAAAUUGUUGCAUAUCAUGAAGCUGGACAUGCUAUUUGUGGAUGGUAUUUAAAACAUGCAUAUCCAUUAUUAAAAGUAUCUAUUAUUCCUCGUGGUCAAGGAGCUCUUGGAUAUGCUCAAUAUUUACCACCAGAUCAAUAUUUAAUGAAUACUUUCCAAUUAUAUGAUAGAAUGAUUAUGACACUUGGAGGUAGAGUAUCUGAAGAACUUCAUUUCGCUUCAGUUACUAGUGGAGCUCAUGAUGAUUUUAAGAAAGUUACAUCUAUUGCUCAAAGUAUGGUAUUAAAAUUUGGUAUGUCAAAAGCUGUUGGAUUAGUUAAUUAUGCUGAUAGUCAAUCACAAGAUAAUUUAACUAAACCAUUUAGUGAUGAAACCAAUCAAACUAUUGAUGAAGAAAUUAAAAGAAUUGUUAAUGAAUGUUAUCAAAAAUGUAAACAAUUAUUAAUUGAUCAUUCAAAAGAUGUGGAAUUAGUAGCUCAAGAAUUAUUAAAGAAAGAAUUUAUUACAAGAGAAGAUAUGAUAAGAUUAUUAGGGAAAAGACCAUUCCCUGAAGUUAAUGAUGCAUUUGAUAAAUAUCUCGAUGGUAAGGAUGCAUUUAAGAAUGAAAAGCCAGCCAAUGAGAAGAAAGAUUCUGAAUAG